AUGGACGCGCUGUGCCGGGCCGAGCCCCGGCCCCGCCGGCCCGCCGCCGCCUCGCCGCUGCCCUGGGCCCGCUUCUCCGCCUGGCUCGACUGUGUCUGCGUGGUCACCUUCGAUCUGGAGCUGGGCCAGGCCAUGGAGGUGCGGGGACGCCCAGCGUGCUCUGCGUUCUGUCCUGUGAAGUCAGACCAGGCAACCCCUGGAAAGAAUUUGGUGUACCCUUACGACUUCAGAUUAACAGAGAAAGAGAAGACGAGUAUCUGCUACUUGUCCUUCCCCGACUCCUACUCAGGUGGCCUGGGGGACACUCAGUUCAGCUUCCGCCUGCGCCAGUCUGGGGGACAGAGGACCACUCACUAUGAGGACGAUGGCGAGUACAACAGAGAAGCACCCCUCACCCUGCAGCGGGAGUCGGCGCAUUACUUUGGUUACGUGUACUUCAGGCAAGUCAAGGACAGCUCCAUGAAGAGAGGUUAUUUCCAGAAGUCUCUGGUGCUGGUGUCACGCCUUCCCUAUGUGAACCUGUUCCAGUCGUUGCUGCAGCUGAUUGCUCCAGAAUACUUUGACAAACUGGAGCCGUGCCUGGAGGCAGUGUGCAAUGAGAUCGACCAGUGGCCGCCUCCAGUGCCGGGACAGACGCUGAACCUCCCAGUGAUGGGGGUUGUCAUUCAGGUGAGAAUCCCAUCCAGGGUGGAUAAGCCAGGAUCAAGCCCAGUGAAGCAGUUCAAUCAAGAGAAUCUCUUACCAGCCCCACUGGUUCUCCCAAGUAUUCACGAACUGGAUCUCUUCAGGUGUUUCCAGCCAGUGCUAAUUCACAUCCAGAUGCUAUGGGAGCUGAUGCUACUGGGAGAGCCAAUUGUUGUAAUGGCACCAUCCCCUACAGUUUCUUCUGAAAUGGUUCUGGCUCUCACCAGCUGCCUUGCUCCCCUGAGGUACUGCUGCGACUACCGUCCCUAUUUCACUAUCCAUGACAGCGAAUUCAAAGAAUACACCACCAGGACACAAGCUCCGCCAAACCUUGUUGUGGGAGUCACAAACCCUUUCUUUAUCAAAACGCUCCAGCACUGGCCGCACAUCCUUCGGGUUGGGGAGCUCAGAAUGUCAGGUGACCUGCCCAAGCAAGUCAAAGUGAAGAAGCUAACGAAACUAAAAACUCUAGACACAAAACCAGGAAUCUACACUUCUUACAAAACAUUUCUUCACAAAGACAAAACGCUGAUAAAAAGAUUGCUAAAGGGGAUCCAGCGCAAACGCCCGUCCGAAGUCCAGAGCGCCCUGCUGAGGCGGCACCUCCUGGAGCUCACCCAGAGCUUCAUCAUUCCCCUGGAGCACUAUAUUGCAAGCCUGAUGCCUCUGCAGAGGGCCAUUACUCCGUGGAAAAAUCCCCCACAGAUCCGUCCUUUCCGACAAGAUGAUUUCAUGAAGACCCUUGAGCAUGCUGGUCCCCAACUUACCUGUGUUCUUAAGGGUGACUGGUUGGGUCUGUACAGGCGUUUCUUCAGGUCUCCCAACUUUGAUGGCUGGUACCGUCAGAGGCACAAGGAAAUGACCCAGAAGCUGGAAGCCCUUCACUUGGAGGCCAUCUGUGAAGCGAACAUCGUGGCCUGGAUGAAGGACAAGUCUGAGGUGGAGAUCGUAGACCUGGUGCUGAAACUUCGUGAGAAGCUGGUAAGAGCCAGGUGCCAGCACCUCCCUGUGAAGGAGGAGACCCUGCGGCGCGUGGGCCUUUACAUUGAGACCGUCAUUGACUCCUUGCCGGAGGACCUGCAGGCGGUGCUGCACCACCACUGAGCGCUGAGCGACUGCUGCAGAAGGAAGGGCCCUCCCACGCUGCCAGCAGCUGCGGCCGCGCUUGGAAAGGAAACUUCUUCCCUGCUCCAGCCACCGCGGCCCCGUCGGGACCUUCCUCACGAGCGUGUUUGGUUUCUGAGCGCACGGAUCAGAGCUGGAGCAGAAAUGGGAAACCACGGGCGCUGUUCUGUCUCGUCCUGCUGCAGGGAGCUGGAGUUAGGGGCCCGUCAAUGAAAAACACUUUCCUGCGUCGGCUGUUACUAGGUCAGAAAGCGGCAGUCAGGCUUUCAGCAGCAUGUGAUAGGCUGUGCAAAACACGUUUUGCCCACAUAUACCACAUCCAUCUUUGUCUAGUGCUUGGGCUCUCAACAUUUCAAUGCCGUCAUCCUGGCUGGAAGAAGCGGGACCAGCCCCGUAUGGGGGAGUUGUUUUCAGGACAGCUCCUGCUGCUAACGAGAGGGAUGCUAGUUCCCCGCGUAGAAACGAUGCGGAAAAAAAAUUGCUGCUGCCCAUUCAGCAGCCUGACUCACUGCAGCAAGAGCUUCAGCUGUGAUGGGAGUGGGAAGCUGAAUUGCUGGACGUGGAACGCUGGUUUCUCUCCUAGGCAGAGAGAGAAAGGGGGAAAAAAAAGGAGCUGGUGCAUCUGCAAGGAGCAGAGCUCUCCAGAGAGGGCAGAUGUGCGCUGUGUGAACGGCAACAGCUAGUGCAGCUCCGCACAGAGGAGCUGGUCUCCAACUGGAAUUUAUUCUGCUUGGAAAAAUCGAGCACGUGCACUCUGGUAACGUGCAGAGUUGGAGCUCUGCCUUGGGCAGCGAGGUCUGUGUAACGCGGCCAGCCUGCUUGCUGAUCAGACAUGGUGGAAGAUCUGAUUCGGGCGGUCUCACCAUUGCUGCCACCACUGCUGCAUUCCACCAUCUGCCACUUGGGCCAGCGUCCCAGCGUGCGUGCCCACAGAAUGCUUUUUAGGCCGGGCCUGGCAGCCUGCUGCAGCCCCGUUCCACAAGCAGCUCUGGAGGAGCACUCCUUCCCACCUGGGAGCAGAGGUGAGUGCUCAGACCACGCGGAGCUCUGCAGUUCCCUGUCCUCAGCGCUGAGCGAGCUGCCUCCUUCAGCCUCAACCCGCGGGGCCGGGGCGAUGCCAGUAAGGGGUGGAGGUGACAGAAUCCUUCCUGCGUUCUCCUGCUCCAGAGCACGGCUGGGGCAGCACAGAGGGGCAGUGGGGCUGCUCAGUUUCCUGCUGCCUCUGGCCUGGAAGCAGCGGAAUGAGGAGGCUCAGCCAUUCUGCCCCGCAGCAACGCGUUACACCGCGCUCCUCAGCAGCAGCCCUCCCUGUACAGUGUACACUGUGUACAUAGAGUUUGUGCGUGUGUCCGUGCGAUAGCUCUGCGGUGACUCUGGUGGACUGAAGCACUCAUGUAUAGUAGAAAAUAAUAGUUAAAAAAAAAAAAAAAAAAUUGAGCCGA